AUGAAGCGUAAGAAGGGACCAGAGAAGGGCCCCGGGAAUCAGGAAAGGGAGAAGCAAGCCGACACCUUUCAGGUAGACUUCGAGUUCUACGAUCCCGAGGAAUCAGACUUCCAUAGUGUGCGUGAGCUGCUGUGCACAGGCGUCUUGCGUUCUGCAGACUUGGACUUCUCUGGGCUAGCGGACAGCAUCGUGGAACAGGUGAACAUUGGGACUACGGUUAAGUCCGGAGGAGAGGAAGAAGGGAGCGAAAAGAGCGAGAACGAGGGGGCAGGCGAGGACGAGGACGAGGAUGCUGCUCUCUGUGGCUUCUUGACCUGCCUGAACCUGCACCAGUUCUCGGAGAAAGACUGGCGCAAGGGCUUGGUGUCCCUUUUGGAAACCAAAGCUCAGAGUGCUGGGAUUGGGGUGUCGGAGAAGCUGAAGAAGUUUGUGAGCGCAGACACGCAGCCAGGCUUACUGGUCUCGGAGCGCUUCGUGAACCUGCCUCUGGAACUUGUCCCGAUGCUGCAUAAAGCAGUGCUGGAAGACAUCCGCUGGUCUCAAAGCACCGAGCAUUGCCCGAGUGAGGAGCGGCCCUUCUACUUCUUCACUCAUUUCCUCCUCCUGGCACGAUGUCACGCUGCUGAAACAGGCAGCCCUGUAGAUGGCCGUACUGUUGCCUUUGCCCGGCCAGAGGACGAAGCCUUCGCCCGGACAGCUUCCCUUGCCUUCAGCUUCCCGCUGGGAAAGGGGCAAAAAGCCGGCGGGGACGGCCGGGGGGGCCGGGGCCCCAAGAAGAGGCGGCGCCCUGCACAGGGCAGCGGCGUGGACGCUGCGGCCCCUUCGGAGCGCGUGGCCGUGCUCGGCUUCACCCGAGCGGCCUACGAAAAGGCGGUGGCUGGGCUCCGAAAGGCUUUGGAAAGCGGCAAAGGCUAA